GGCUUUAACCCACUGAGCCACCCAGGCACCUCGAAGAUUGAUAUAUUUUAAAGAAAAUUCCAAAGAAUCUAAAAAAUAUAUAAGAAUAAUUUUUUUAAAAUAGGGGGUUAGGACACAGGGAGCACAAGGGUGUUGAGUUGGAGACAUGCUUGUCCAUACAGGAUUCAGUAGGCCUUCAGGUACCUGGAUCAGGUGAAGCUAGGGUGAGGAGAGGGAAGGUGGUGCCCAGGAGAGCAAAGGCAAUUUCAGGUAACAAGAGGAAAGCAGCAAGGCUGUUAAUUUCCUUGAUUAAUUCAGCAAACAUUCCUUGACUGUAUGAGCCCAGACAUGAGCCUUGGGCUCUGGACAUAAAUUCAGCCAGUCUCCCUGUUCUGUAGCCUCUCAGUAGGGUAGUCAGAAACUUGUCUGACUGGGACAGUAACAGAUGGAGGAAGAAGUUCCUGAGGGAAGCUAAUGGGCUGUGGCUGAAUCUGGGACGAAUGGGAAAGGAGCCAGCAGCAUCAAUGUUGCCAGAACUCAACUUUGAAGCCUAAGUCUUCUACGGGCCCAAGUCUGACUCCAGUGAAUUCAAAGGGGUCACUGUGCAUGGCUGGGGAGGGCUGAAGGCAUGGAGCUUCCAGGGAUAAAGAUGGGGGCAGAAGACCUAGGGGAGGAGUUCCGUGAAGAUGGUGUGAACUGGCUAAAGAGCCUGAGCCUGGGGCGUCCCGGGGUGGGAGUGGUAUGUUUGAGGGGCCUGAGCAUAGUGACCAGUGCACAGUAGACCUGGCCUUCCCUACACACAGAUGAAGCUUGUAGGUCACGAGAAGAGCACAGUGUAUAGGGACCGCAGAAGGCAAGGAAGAGCCCUCAAGUGUAAUGGGCGGACCGUGAGGACCAGGGCGGGGACACUGUAGAACUUUCAGCCCAACAGAAUCUCCGCGAUUCCCAAACCGUCGCACGUUUCUGACUUCAUGCCUAGAGUACUUCUCCCUCACCCCACACCCAGCUGUUCUUUCAAGGCCCAAGUAUCACCUCCUCCAGGAAACCCUCUCUCCGCCAGAACCCAGGCUUUUGCACCCCUUUGUGCCUGCCUCUAAACCAGCAUAUAUCUUGAGGCUUGGGGUCAAUGAUAUCUGCAUCCGUUGGGCUCCUCCCCUGUCUUCUGGGACUCACGGCAUGGGCUCCACUCAAGCAUGCCCCACCGAGGCUGUUCUCCAGGGGUUUGCAGGUGGAAGGGCACUUUUAAGGAAUUAACACCACCACCACGACCGCCAGAGGUGUGGGCUGAGGGGGAAAGAGAGUAGAAAUGCUCCUAAGGAUAUUUUGGGUCCCCAAGCAGCUGCAGGAGUUGGGGACUCGUCUGAUUGGGGCUCGGCAGCAGCUUGGCAUCAAGAAGGCCCAGUCAGAAGAUAAGCCUGACCUGGGAACCAGGCCUCAGGAUGAGGCUUUUAACAGCGUAUGGCUUGAGGCCAAGGGGCAGCAGAAGGUGCUCAGGCGGGGACCUGGGGUGCAGCAGGCAGCCUCCCCUUGCGCCCAGCUCGGCAGAACCUUCUUUGUGUCUGUCAGCGGCUGUGGCAGAGGCAGCUGCAGUGCAUCUCCCAUCUCCCAAGGUGACUGAUGCAGGCCAGCUGUGGGCUGAGGGCCGAGCGCUGCUCUUCCCCUGUUUACGAGUCCCUUAUCCCCUCCCUGGCAUGCGCCUCACAGAGUCCGUCCCCCAGGGUCACUCAGGUUAAGAACUGCACCACGGGGAGAAUCAAGCCCAGUUCUCUUGAGCUGGGCAACCGAGAAUGCGCUUGGUCACUUGGUUGUGUUCAAGAGGCCAGCUCUCAGCCGGCCUUCUCCAGGGGGUGCUGCCCUUGACCUUGCGGCACUUCUGGGUGGAGGCGUCAGUCAGUCCUCACUUGCUGGGUCGAGUUGGCUCUUGCCCCAUCCCCUUCUCAUCUAGCCAUUUCGGCUGUCCACACUCACCUGGGGGAAAGGGGCACCGAGAUUUGCCCUCACCUUUGGCACAGGGGAGAACCAGUCCCUCUCAGCCUGGCCCGUCUCUCCCAGCACCAGGGUUGGGCAGAAAAGGAGGGAAAAGGGACUUCACUGGUGGUGGAGUAGUGGGUCUCAGAGGGGGUGGGGUGGGGUGGGUGUGUGUGUGUGUGUGUGUCGAGGAUGGAGUCGAAGUCUCCUGCCACUCCCCUGGCGCACACAACCUCCAUAACCACAGAACAACACAGAACCGGGGGCGGUGAGCCAGCGUACAGGGCUGCCACAGGAUCACAGACCCAAGCAAGGCCCUCCAAGAAACGAAACUAAAAUGUUAAGUGUCUGAGUCAAUUCUUUUCCGCAACAUUUUCUGAAAGAGAAAACAAGCUCAGAAGUGUGAUAGAUGAAGGGCUGCCCCGCCCCGCCCCGCUGCCUGGAGUUUCCUCCCUUAACUCGCACUUCCCUCUCACUGGCUAACGGACUUCCCUAAGGGUCUAAAGGGGCAGCCAAGCACCUCUCUAUGACUGUUCUUGUACUUCCACCUCCCUGAGGGGGUUAUUCCGAAGAUUCCCCCAGCCUUCCCUUUACAUUCACAGAGUUCAAAGGAAUGCCCCGGAAGGGAAAUUUGGAGACUGAAGGUUGUUUAUUGAGCAGAUCUCUGCCAAGAAGAGGGGCAUCAGUUUGGGGUGAGCCUGGGUCAGGGAACCCACCAGAUGGGAGGCUGAGGUGGGCAAGGUGGUUGAGAGGUAUGGUGUCAGGGAAUGAGGGAGAAGGUGGGGCUACAAGGAAAAGGACAUCUGAAAGGGGGUGAUGAACAGAGGUGUGAGAAAGCAUCCUUAAAUAGGAGUAGAGGCAUCUUCCUGAGGGAGUGAAAGUUGGAAUGUGGGGAUCUCGAUAACGGGGAGGAGCAGAGGACCCCAAAUGUCUGAAAGGACAAUGAGGGGAAUCCGAGUAGAUGGGAGACCACAAGGGGUGGCUUGAGAAUCCUGAGAGAGGAAAACCUCCACCACAGACGGGGGUUGGGGGGGUGCGUAUCUAUGAAUCCCCUCUGUGAAGGAGGCCCGGGACAGGGAGCGUUGGACCCUGGGGUGGGAGGUAUGGGUGAGGGAAGCCUACAAGACAGCUGAGCUCCACAACCUCCUCCCCACCCCCAACCCAGAACCCAGGUUUCAUCUCUUAAUCUCCCUCAUUAAUCAUUCACCUUCCUCCUACCCCCAUCAGCGGAUCUAGUUUCUUCCCAGCUCAGGUUCCAGAGGUUUUGCUGGAAGAAGUCCCCUACUGUGGCCUCACCAUCGUCUGGACACGUCCCUGGCCGCUGGGCUGACCUUAACAGGCUCUGCUGUCAGUGGCCUUCUGCCUUUACUAGUCUCUCCUUCUCUUUCUUGUCCCCCAAAUGAGGAUCGCCCAACUCCGUUGUCCAACCGCAUUACUUGAGCCUGGUUGCUGCGGGGGAGAAGAUAGGCGCUAGAGAUGGAAGAGGAGGAAGGCAAAGGCCCUUCAGGAGAGAGGGUACUCCCCACAAAUACACUAGUAACUGAGAGCGAGGAAGAGAUGACCUAAAAGCUACACAGAGGACACAAGAGUGUUUGGUGAUAGGCUUGGGACAUGAGCUAGGCAAUUCCAGCAGGCUCCUGAGACCCUCUUUAAAUGCAGAUUAAGUGAAACCUCAGAGGACUGAGGCUUCCAGCCAGGAGGGUCUCUCUUGGCCCCUUUCCACCUCCCCCUAUUAGUAACCAAUUAGCAAGGUCCUGAGGCAUUUGGGUUUUCUGCCGUGGCCUGGCUCUGCUCUCAGCCCCAGCAGUGGCCCGCUGGGCUGAGUGUGCUGCUCAGGCUGCAAGCGUACUGAGUGUGUCUGGGGGAGCGGGGAGGGGUCUUACCAAGAGGACCCGGUGUUUCUCCGCCUCUGUUUGGUGGUGGGCCAGGCCAGUGCCUUGGGCUAUGUGAGGUUCCCUCACCCCCACCAUCAAAGCGCCUUCUGGUCCUUGUUAAAGAGUCUUUGGCCCAGGUGCCUUAGAUCUCCCAAGCUCUGUUUAGGGCACCUCAGCUGCAGGCUCCACUUGCCCCCGGGAAAAGGCACAGAGGGUCAUUGCACAAGCAGUGGGAGGUGCAGAGGUCUACAGAGGUGACGUGAUGGCCAGUCCAGGAGGGACUUCUUCUUGGCACUGUUGGAAAAAACCAGAAGAAUCCUGUGGAGGCAUGUCCCUUAGGAAUGGGCCUCUGAGUCGCGGUGGACUGGCCUGGGUCCAGAGAGCCAGAGGAGUCCGCUCACCUGCCUUUGCUUCCACAUUGCAUCCCCAAUGCUCCCGGUUGCAGACUCUCUGCCAGGCCAGGUCCUGCCGAGUCUCGAGUUCCCCCCAGCCCCCUCGCGCCGCACUAAUAACUUCCAGCCGCCAGGACCUCUUUAAGAGCGUUCCGCAGGGGUGGGGCGGGGACGAGGGGGCUAGGACGGGAGACUGAGGUUCUUCCUAGGAGAGAUCGGACAUCCUAGAACACUCAGCUCUGGUAUCCCUCCUCGGAAUUUUGCAAAUCCCCAUCCGCUGGGGCCAGGGGAAGCAAUUUUAUUGCCGACUAGUUUAUGAGCCAGAGCAGCGGCUUGGCGGGGAGUCAGUGACACACAGAAACUAGGGGCCGUCCAGGAAGGGUCCAGCCAGAAUGUGCACCGGGCCGCACCCCGCAGCGCGAAGCAGCUCAGCGGCCGGGUACGGCAGGUUGUUCUGGGGCUUCUCUCCGAGCCUCCCCACCCUGUAGAAAUACUGCUGCCGGGUUAUCUACUAGCUCCAGACCCACCGCGCGCCCCGAGUUGGGGGUUGGGGGCGCAGGAGGAGGGGCACAGGGGGCUCGGGCCCAGCGCGGGGGGCGGGUCCCAGGCGGGGGGCCCAGAUCGGGAACCGCGCGCUGGGGCCCAGGCAGCUGCGGAGCGGAUCUCAUCCGGCGGCGGGACCGCCACAACCCGAGCGGCCAUGAACUCGGGACCCCAGCCUCGGACACCCCGGACACUAUUCAGCAUCGCAGACAUCCUAGGCCCGCGCAGGAUUACCCGAGGACCUUCUACGUCUCAGCUUCCAGAGUUGAGCCCUGGUCCCACGUCGCCUCUGUGCGCGCUGGAGGAGCUGACCAGUAAAACUUUCCUCGGACUCGACGGGCACGCUCCGGAGUCCUCUGAAGGCCGCGCAGCCCCGGGUGCGCUGGGCCCCGGCCCGACGGGCCGCAGGCGGCGAAAGUCACGCACGGCGUUCACUGCGCAGCAGGUGCUGGAGCUGGAGCGACGCUUCGUCUUCCAGAAGUACCUGGCGCCUUCAGAGCGUGACGGGCUGGCGGCGAGGCUCGGUCUGGCCAACGCACAGGUUGUCACGUGGUUCCAGAACCGGCGAGCCAAGCUCAGACGCGACGUGGAGGAGAUGCGCGCCGACGUGGCCUCACUGAGUGCACUGUCCCCCGAAGUCCCGUGCGGCCUGCAGCGGCCGGAUGGCGGCCCCGGUCCCGGCCCGCCGGACUCCGGGCACCACCUGACAGAAGAAGAGAUUCAGGUGGUCGACUGAAGGCAAAGCCGCUGCCGGCCGGGCUCUGGGUCCCCGUCUCCUCACCUCCGUGCCCCGCGCCCUGUCCCGGUUCCCGGGUGGAGGGAGGGUGUGGAUCCGGCCUUCUCUGGCUCAUAGCCCAGACGCUCAGUUUUCCCAGUUGUUGAGAAUAAAAUUGAGACUCAGUCGCA